CCCGUUGAUUCCUCUCAUAGAGCAUUCCAUGUGCCAGGCGUCUUCUCGGAUACCUGAACGACCCGUACUAUCCAGAGACUUCAAGAGUUCCCAUGUACGUGUCGACACUGCUCUUCUGUGUAGCGGAGGACGCGAAGCCGUUUAUCCACAGAAUUCUUGAUGGAAAUUAUCUCUGUCUGGUGCAAUCAUGCGACGUACCGAGUGAUCCAACUGGAUUCAAGACGCAGUUGAAAGAGGGGGAGGAUUUCGAAACCGAAUUUAUUGGUGCCUCUCAAGAAGACUGCCAAAAAUGGACACGGGAGAAGUCAGCCCAGGUUAAUUUUAUUAACCCAUACGUUCUGGUCAUCGCGGAUGAGCGCACCGCGAGGGAUGGAACUAUCUCGGCCCAAUUCUACAGUGAAGGCAUGGGCAAGGAGGACGAAGAGAUGCCUCUUGAGUUCCCGGGUUACGGUGUUCUUCCCCCUAAGAGCGACACGUGGUAUGACUAUAGGAUCGAUCCCAAAGCAUUCUUCAGGCUGUCCGCCGCUCUCGACUCUACGGCAAUAGAUGUAGCAUACCCUAUCUACUAUGGCCGCAAAGACGAGCUCACGGAUGAAAAUGGCGUGUUCGAUGUUAUCAAGGCGUUUCGUACUAUAAGUGAGGGAGCCAGCGCAUUUCAAUGUCUGUACAACCUGAAGAAUAGAGACACAGGGAUUUGGGAGAGGUAGAUUCUGGAGGAGGGAUCGCUGGUUGCUUGCUGGGCUAUGUUUCCUGAUAGUGGCACGCAGUCCAAUGCAC